CCCCACCUCCCCGGCGGGGUUCGGUCACUAUAACUCGGCGGAGCACAUGGCAGCGGGACCCCAGCCGGGGAGACCCGCGCAGCAGGUCAGUCUCCAGCACCAUGAUCGAGGAAGAGCCCCCCAGCUCCAGCCAAGGCCAGUUUGCUGCCCGGAAUGGCACCAGCAGCUCCUUGGACCUAGAAUCUGUGGUACAACCCUUGGUCUUGAACCCGUGGGACGUUGUCCUCUGCAUCUCUGGCACCAUCAUCUCCUGUGAGAACGCCAUCGUGGUGGUGCUCAUCUUCUACACCCCAGCUUUCCGGGCUCCAAUGUUCCUCCUCAUCGGCAGUUUGGCCACCGCUGACCUCCUGGCUGGUUUGGGUUUGAUCCUGCAUUUUGCCUUUGUCUAUUUCAUCCCAUCAGAGGUGGUCAGGCUGCUGACAGUGGGGCUCCUGGUCACCUCCUUCACCGCCAGCAUCAGCAGCUUGUUGACCAUCACCAUCGACCGCUACUUGUCCCUCUACAACGCCCUGACCUACUACUCGAAGAGGACGGUCACCAGGACUUACAUCAUGUUGGUCCUCACCUGGGGAGGCUCCAUCUGCCUCGGGCUCUUGCCCAUCAUGGGCUGGAACUGCCUGAAGGAGCCCUCCUCCUGCAGCGUUGUCAAACCCUUGAUGAAGAACCACCUCAUCAUUCUCUCCGUCUCCUUCUUCAUGAUCUUCACCGCGAUGCUCCAGCUUUAUGUGCAGAUCUGUAAGAUCAUCUGCAGGCACGCCCACCAGAUCGCCCUCCAGAGACAUUUCCUGGCCACUUCCCACUACGACACCACCCGGAAAGGCAUUGCCACCCUGGCCCUCAUCUUGGGCACCUUUGCUUCCUGCUGGCUGCCCUUUGCCAUUUACUGUCUCCUGGGGGACAACAGCUACCCAGCCCUCUACACCUACGUCACCCUCCUCCCGGCCACCUACAACUCCAUGAUCAAUCCUGUCAUUUAUGCCUUCAGGAACCAGGAGAUCCAGAAGGUGCUGUGUGCCCUGUGCUGUGGGUGCUUCUCCUCCACCAGCCCCUUCCGCUCCCACUCCCCCAGUGACGUCUGACACGUGUGUCCCCCCCACCCCCUCUGCACCUUCCACUUACCAACUGCUUGAAGGAUUUCCUUUUCUCCUUGAUUUUUCUCCCCCUCCCCUUUUCAUUCCCAGAGACUCAGGAAGUCUUGGAAUCGAGCAGCUUUUCUCAGCCCCAUCCUUUGGUGCACAGCCCCCUUCUCUAUUUUUCCACUUUUUGAAUGCACAGGAGAGAAAAAAAAAAAAAAUCCAUAUUUUUUAUCCAUAAUAUAAUCUAUAUUUAUGCCUGAGGGCAAGAGAGGAAGGGAGAGAUCCUCAUAUUUUCUUUACAAGUAUUUAUGAUGCUUUAUUUUUUUAAGGGGGAGGGAAGGGAUGCCAGGAACGUUCUCUCUCCCCUCUUACU